ACUCACAGCACAGCGUUUAGUUGACAGCUCCAACACUACAGUUGGUAAUGUAAACACGGCGUUAUUGCUAACACGACGUUAUUACAAAUAUGAAAUAUUGUCUGUAAACAGUGGCACCAUUGUAGGAAGCUGUGCCCUAAUGCAUGAGGGUUUUUUCAUAAGGGUUCUUGUAUGCCUCAAUCCCUAUUUUUUGACCGUUGCUUAAGCAUGUUUGGUCUUCUCUCCGGGCCUAUUGUACAAGUUCGGACACUCGAGUCAUUUGGCAUCUGGCAUGCAUAUAGAUUCAGUCCUUGAGAUGAAAACUAUUAGUAAUAGGGUGGCUCUGGAGGACCUGGAGAAAUACUGCCAUGGGCGACGCACUGGAGUUCAGUGACAUUUACCAGGAGGUCAAAGGGUCAUGGAAUGACGGGCGCCUGAGGUUCAGUAAACAGCAUGUGGUCUUUAAGAACAUCAAGACCGGAAAGGUGGACAGCAUCCCUGCUGCGGAGCUGUCUCAGGCCCGGUGGAGACGCGUUUGCCUGGGUCAGGGUGUCAAACUGACCACCAGCACCGGACACAGCUACAGAUACGACGGCUUCAGAGAAGGGGACUUUGAGAAAAUCGCAGAGUUCUUCAGAGCCCACUACAAAGUGGAGCUGUUAGAAAAAGACUUGUGUGUCAAGGGUUGGAACUGGGGCGCCGCUAACUUCUCUGGCCCUCUACUGUCAUUCGAAGUGGGCGACACCCCUGCCUUUGAGAUCCCCCUGGCCAGCGUGUCCCAGUGCGCCACGGGGAAGAACGAGGUGACGUUGGAGUUCCACCAGAACGACGAGGCAGAGGUGUCGCUCAUGGAGGUCCGCUUUUACGUCCCGCCCAGGGACGCCACCGCCACAGACGAGGAGCCGGAACCCGUGGAGGUAUUCAGAGACAAUGUGCUGUCCAAGGCGGAUGUGAUCCAAGCAACAGGAGAUGCCCUGUGUGUCUUCAGAGAGCUGCAGUGUUUAACACCCAGGGGGAGGUAUGAUAUCCGAAUCUACCCUAGCUUCCUUCAUCUCCAUGGCAAGACGUUCGACUACAAGAUCCCCUACACCACGGUGCUGCGCCUCUUCCUGCUUCCUCACAAGGACCAGAGGCAGAUCUUCUUUGUGGUCAGUCUAGACCCGCCCAUUAAGCAGGGACAGACGCGUUACCACUUCCUCAUCCUAAUUUUCUCCAAGGAGGAAGUUCUCAGCCUGUCGCUCAACAUGACAGAGGAGGAGGUGGAGAAGCGUUAUGAGGGGAAGCUCAGUAAGAACAUGUCUGGACCUCUUUAUGAGAUGGUCAGCAGAGUGAUGAAGGCUCUGGUCAACAGGAAGAUCACAGUGCCAGGAAACUUCCUGGGUCACUCUGGGACCCAGUGCAUCACGUGUUCCUUCAAGGCCUCGUCAGGCCUGCUGUACCCGCUGGAGAGGGCCUUCAUCUAUGUACACAAGCCGCCCGUUCACCUGCGCUUCGAGGAGGUGUCCUGUGUUAACUUUGCCAGAGGCACCACCACCACACGCUCUUUUGACUUUGAAAUCAAGACCAAGCAGGGGAACCAGUUCACCUUCAGCAGCAUUGAGAGAGAGGAGUACGGCAAACUGUUUGAUUUUGUCACUGCCAAGAAGCUCAGUAUCAAGAACAGAGGAUUCAAGGAGAAAAAGGGCACGAAGCGCAAAGAUGACAUGAUGGAGGACUCAGACGAAGACCGGCACGAUGCCUACCUGGAGAGGAUGAAGGCGGAGGGCAAGAUCCGAGAGGAGGCCAACGACAGCGACGACUAUGAGGGAGAGAGCGAUGAGUCGUUUAACCCCGGAGAGGAGGAGGACGACAUAGAGGAAGAGUAUGACAGUAAGGCGUCGGCCAGCGACAGCAGUGUAGAGGGAGGAGUCAGUGACAGGGAGACCAAGAAGAGAGCAGCCAGGAAGGCCAAGGUGCUGAAGGAGAGGAAACCACGCGAGAAGAAGCAGAAGGACGGCAACGCUCCCAAGAGGCCAAUGAGCGCCUACUUCCUGUGGCUUAACGCCAGCCGUGAGGCCAUCAAAUCCGAGCGCCCCGGAAUGUCGGUCACGGAGGUCUCCAGGAGGGCCGGGGAGAUGUGGAGGGAACUGGGGAAGGAGCAGAAAGAGCUGUCUCCCCCAUGUUUCUGCCUUUUCUCUUUGUCUGUCUGUUCUUGUCUGUCUGUCUGUCAGGAGUGGGAUGUCAAAGCGGAGGAGGCGAAGAAAGCCUAUGAGGUAGCAAUGAGGGAGUACAGAGAGAGUGGAAAGGGAACAUCGGCACCUUCCAAAGGGGAGAGGAAGAAGAAGGGAUGGACGAGAGAUGAGAAGAAGAGGAGGACGUCUGGUGAAGGGAAGGAGGGAGAGAGGGAGAGAACAACAGGAAAUGACAGCUUUAAGAGCAGGGAGUUUGUCUCCAGUGACGAGAGCUCCUCAGACAGGGGCGAGGCAAAACGCAAACGCAAGGGUUCAGAUAAAGAGGAGGAUGGGUCCUCGACCCCACCCAGUUCUGAAUCCGGGUCAGACUGGAUGGAGCAAUAAAGACAAGAAUGAAGAUGGAGAGAUGAGGGAGAAGAGUGUAUCUUCUCCUUUACACUGGUUGGAUCCCUUUUUAUAGUAUAUCUGGUUCUAUUUUCGUUGUUUCUGUAUUAAUGAAGCGCAAUGAAGAUAAUUAAUGCUAAUUAGUUUGUAAAUACCCUGUUCCUCAUUUUAGGAAGAGAAAUAAAUAACAUAUUAAUUUAUUUCUUAACUCAUUCUAGAGGAUAACUUGAUGAUAGCUGGGUCAGAUUCCUGUCUGCUCAAUCAUUACCCUGUUGGUUCGGUCUGUGAACAACUUAGGUAAAAAAAAAACCUUGCCUGCUGUGAAAGUCUUCCCAAAUGAAUUAAAUAUUUUCUUGUGAAUGCUGAA